UAUUGUGUCAGGAGGGGGCCAAUUACCCGUGGCGGCUUACAGGCCCAGAGAGCCUCACAUGAGCAGACACGGAGACGGAGAAGAUCGCUGUCAUCCGCGAGGGACGGCGUGCGUCUUAUUUACAUUUAGAGGCCGAGUUCGGGUUCAGCUCGCUAGGCAAGCCGUGCGUCUCGCGGUUUCUCCUGUGGAAUAAGAUACGGCUCCUACUUGACUCACACUGACUGACUGACAUAACGGCAGGGAUGGGGGCGAGAACGGCGAUGAGGGAGAACACGUCGUACCUGUCGGUCUCGUGGAGAAAGGCGAUAACCAACGCAGACAUUCUGAAUCUCUUGACGAGUGGCCAUCAAUCCGUGUAGUGAUUUACAGAGAGUGACCUCGCAGGAACCAGCAGCUAUGGACCAGUGCUUUGUGGACCCGGAUCGCGUGUCCCCAGUGACUGAUCCGCCCCGGACCAGUCUGUCCUCAGGAGGAGGGCGGCCCCCCGUCCGCCUGCCACCCUCGGAGCCCACUCCAGCUCACCCUCCUUCUGGCAAGUCAGCCUCAGCCUUUCCCCUGGAGGAUCAGGUGUACCUGGGGGCCGGGGCCCUCUUCGGACGACUCAGGACGGACCGGCCCGUCACACAACAACUACUGCAUUACGGGAAAAAAGAGACGACACCGAUACCCGAGGGCCACGACAAGACCAGACUGAGACAGUCCUACCAGCUGGCCUUCAACACGCUCAAAUACCAAGACUUACUGGAGAACGUCAUCCUCGACAGCUGCUUCCACACGAGUCAACAGAUUCCCGAUGACUUGUUGCCAUUGGCGAUGGUGAUGCUCUUCGACCUCCAGGACAGGAAGUUUGAACUCCUUAAACGUCGUGCAGAGAAAGGGGAGGAGCCUCGGCAAGAUGUCAGGGAACUUGAAAGCUGCUUCCGCAGGUGUGUGUUUAUGUUCACGUGUGUGUUUGUGUGUGUGUCUGCGCGCGUGGGUGUAUGUGUGUAUAUCUGCCGUCUUGUGUGUGUGUGUGUGUGUGUGUGUGUGUGUGUGUGUGUGUGUGUGUGUGUGUGUGUGUGUGUGUGUGUGUGUGUGUGUGUGUGGUUCCUAGUAUGGUCAUUGCAUACACAACCGCCUUGCCAAACCGGUUGUGUGUGUCUGUGUAUGUCCAAGACUAAGCUCGCGGCCUCCCUGGCCCGCUGCAGGGUGAAGCAAAACCUGGUGAGUGUGUCCUGUGUUCUGCCUGAUCCAGUCAGAACCAAUCAGAAGAGGGCCAAGCUGCUGCCCUUCUACGCCUGGGUCAACCCACUAACGAGCAGCGUGGAGGAGGUGUGUGGUGAGCUCCAGGCAGACCUGGGACUGCGUGAGGUGGAGAGGAUGCAGGAUAGCCAGGGUGGCCUGCAGUUCUGCAGGGACCCUCUGUGUGAAGACACUCUGUGCUUCCCCCCGCAGCUGCACACCCUGAUAGAGCAGAGCCCCCUCGUCGCCGGCCAUACGCUCAACGCGCAGCCUGGUCACCCUGUGUGUGUCUAUGCGUCCGUUCAGCACAGAGGCGUGUGCCUCGCAGUGAGCGCGCUGCGUCCUCACCUCCCUGACCACGCUGACGUUCUGGUCGCGGGGUCCUUCUCCGCCUGCACCCUGGCUCAGGUAGCCGUCCACGCCGCUGCCCGAUCGGGGAAAGUGCUCGUGUGCGGGGACGACCACACGCCCUCUCAGAGGGACGAGCUGCAGGAGAUGCUCACACGGAUGCACAUCAACAACGUGCGUGUCCUGCCGGUGGCCUUCCAGAGCCUGGACGAGUGGGACAGCGCCGCCCAGCGCCUGAGGCUCAUGCUGCUGCUGCCCAAGAGCUCCUGCUCCGCCCUCAGUGACCCCGUCCACACCCUGAUCACAGAGCACGGAGACGUUGACGUGCUCCAGGACCUGUCCCAGGGCCCAGUGUCUCAGAGCAGACUGGACUCCCUGGUCCACCACCAGGAGAAGCUACUGGCACACGCCCUCACAUUCCCCAGGGUUCAGUCGGUGCUCUACUGCACGCGCUCAGUGUACCCGCAGGAGAACGAACACCUGGUGAUACGAGCCUUAAACAAAGCAGACACACCUCCAAAACUGGUGCCCUUUAGGCCGGCUCCACCCCUCCUGCCUCAACCCCCUGGGUCAGAGACAACAGACAGCCGGUUCUUCAAAAUUGAGCCCUCCGGACACAGUGAUGGCUGCUUCAUAGCCAGGCUGACCAGAGAGUCGGACGCCACCAAGGUGGAGAAGGUCCAGGACGUGCUGGCGAGGGCGGCCGCCAAGGGCCUGCUGGGGGCCAUGUUCGGGGACCAAUCGCAGCCCAGCCGCAAGGGGAGACGCAGGAAGAGCAGCGUGCUGGCAGCCAAUCAGAAGUCCUGCCCUCCACUCCCUGCACUGACAGAGGACGAGCCUGUCGGCGGGCAGACUACAGACCUAGACCCGGACCCCGGAGAGCACCAAGACCCUGUGGGCGGGCUCAGGACCACCGAUACUCCGUCGAUGACUGAAGAGGGGGAUGAGGAAGAGGACGGGGCCUCUGAUGAAAAGGAGGAAGACGUGGAGGAGGGAAACGACGGGAGCCCAGGUGAGGGAACAGACACGGGGAAAGGGGUGAGGAAGGGUAAGGGCAGGGCCAGACGGCGGACUAAAAGGUCCCACGGGGCGGCAAAGCUCUCCGCGGCCCAGCCUAACCGCACCGGCAGAAAGACCCUUAAGACGAAGUUCAAACCCAAACGUCGACAAGGUCCGGGGCGCACCUUUGAGUCGACUUCAGACCCACCAACGAGGUCCGCCGUACCCCGUCCUACCACCUCUACGGGCCAGGGUAGCACCCCCGUCACCCCUGCGACCUACGUCCUCCAAAUAGGCCCCGGGAAGGAACAGCAAGGGCAGAAAGCACACGCUAAAAAACCCAUGAAGAAAGCUGGCACACCAGGAAGGGUUUCGUCAGCGAGGGGAGCGGGCUCAGCCAAUGAGGUGUCAGUGCAGGACCCGGCGCACCCUUCGGAUCCCGUCCAUCCCCUCGUGUCCUCGUUCAGUAGGAGUUCGUUGAGCAACAGUGCUUCCUCCCAGUCCACGGCGCCGUCAUCCUCCACAUCGAUGUCCUCCACCCCGACACGCUCGCCCUUCUGACACUGGGACUGAGCAGAGCGAAGCGCAAAGACUGACUGAUUCUGAGACCCUUCACAUACAACCUGACUGUAGAUAUACAUAUAUGACAAAUGCAUAGAUCCUUUGACACCGGUAUGCUGUACGCUGUAUGUGUACAUGGAAGACAUACACUGACAUCAAGAGAGUUUCGCAAAUAAUUAAAGUUGUGUACAGACGGAUGGAAGUGUUUUAGUUCAAUGUCACUUGAGGGAAUCUUACAAAUAUCUAUUGCAUCUUUGUUGAUGAGAAGCUGUUAAGUAAUCAAUAAUUUAACACACACGCGCACACACACAGAGUGAAUCCAACGCAAGGUGUCAUGUUUUAUAAUAUUCUUUAUUCUCACAAUAGGUUACGUUGAUAUGGUGUACAAAUCAGUGAGCAGCAAACUGAAGCUGACACAUCCAUCUGUGGCAGGGAUGGUGGCGUGAGUGUGUGACCGUAUUGGUUAAGUGUGUGUGUGCACUAGUGAGAGAGACUGGGAGUCGUUUCCUAUCAUCGUCGUCUUCGUCUUUAAUUACAGUCGCAUCGCUUCCUGUGAACGGAUGAUUACAUGCCAUGUGGCUCCGGAUUAGCAGACUUGUUUCUCAUCUCCUUCGUAAAAAGAGUUUCGGCUCCUUCGGUGGUUUCUAUACAAAAUGGCUUUGUCGAUAUGUUUUACGAUUACCUAUAGUCAGUCAAAGGUAAUGAAAGAAUCAGGGGUAAGGGGCAUCUUGCUGAAGGGGGACUACAAGUGGGCCGUGACAUGCACUGGGAUCGGAGCCAGUUCGUCUUGGCGGAGAAGCCUAACUCUGCAGUACCUAGCCAAAUAAUACUGCAGCCACACAUGGUCAGAUGGUUGGAGCGCGGCCUCAUUAAGCACAUUGAUCCCGGUGAGUAUGAUCCACCUGCUCUGUCGUUCUUCGUAAACCAAGCAAGAGCCUCUUCUUCACAUUAGAUCAUAUAGCAUUAUCGACAACGUUUCACACUGCAGUUAAGCAGAGGCUAGCUUAAGCGGCGUCUCUACAGAGACUGCAGCGUCGGCAACAAAGGAUGAUUCCGGGGUUACGCCGUGUUUCUUUGCUAGUGGAAUUCCCCCCCUGCCCAGAGAGCGGACUCCCAGUCUCGGGAAAACUGUACAAUAGAAGAUGGGUGUGUGUGGGUUGUGGUUUAUUACCUGCCAUUCGGGGGCAAAGAGAAAACUUCCUGUCAGCAUUGUGAAUCAGCAUGGGCUGUGAGACGAUGAGACCACAUUUACAGACUUAAACCUACUCGUCCAAUCUAGUAAAAUAAGUAUAUACCUUUUAUAAAAUAGAAUAAAUAAAAUAAAAAAUAUUUCUGUUCAGUACGUACAGUCCUUCUCUCAACGGCUCCAAGGCAUGCAAGGCUUUGUUGUGGCUUUCCGUUUCUUAAGGUUCAAAGAAUGCAUAGAUAAAAGCUCCCUUUUUGGGAACUCGGAAAAAUGGAAAACAAAAAAUGCAGAUUGAAUUUUUUUCUGAUCAAAAUGAUCAGCAGCAUCUGUUCCGUCGUAUUUGUUCUUUACCUUGAUACUUGCGCUCAUAAUUUUCUUAUCUACAAUAAUGUAUAUCAGUUCUUUACACUUUGGCCAGUUUGGUGAAUCAAAAAAAGGCGUCGCUUUAAAAAAUAGAUAUAAUAAUAAAAGACAUUCAAAAUAACGAAAUAGCUUAUAAAAUGAUUAAUGCCAAAUGGUAAAAUGAUAGAGAUGCUAUG